AGUAAAUAUUUGCUUUAUUUUGAUAGUUUUUAAUUAAUAAUAUGUGUUACUAUGUUAAGUGGAUUGUUAUCAAAUAUAAAUUUAGGUCAAAUUUUGUAAAAGGCAAAAUUUGAUUUAUUGAAGUCAAAUUUAGCAAAUUGCCACAAUGCCAAAUCAAGCAAAGGAUCAUGAUGAAAAUCAAAAGUUUGUGUGCUUGCUCUGUCUGAAAAAAUGUUUAAGACAGCUUACUACUUUUCAAGCAGAUCGAAUAUGCCAACUGUACAAGACCAAGAUCAAUAUCAGUGAUACGGGUAACAAAAGGAUUCUGCGAAUCGUGUAGAAUUACAUUGCGGAGAAAACAAGAGGGGAAAGAAGUUGCACUCCCUCCUUAGUUUGAUUUUAAGUCAAUACAAGUGAGACCUGAAACAAGAGGCACGGUGUGUUGUUGCCUAAUAUGCCGAAUUGGUCGUUCAAAGCUGCAAGAAAAACAUCCUCUUAUAGAGCAAACCACUAUUGAAAAAACCAAAUGUGUGUUGCAGCAAAUGCCUCAGCCCUUUAGGAAAAGGUUUGCCCCACCAAUACUCUCAAAUAAUGUUAAGGGAAAACAUUCAGUCUUUAGCAACAAAAGAUGUCAAAUCAUCUGAACAAAUCGCAUCUCGAGUUAUUUCCAAUAAAGAAUUAUCUCCAGAAGGAACUAUUCUACUGGCUAAAGCAUCCAGCGGGCCUCCACUUACUGUUACCUCUGGUCAAAGUAGUGCGCAGACACCAUCAAGUGCUCCGAUAUUGACCACUGUAGCCUUUGUAAAUGUGCCAUUAAAUACGGGUCUGUCAAACAACAAAUUAAAGAAACUUGUUAGAACUGUAAAAAAAAACAUCAAGAAGCAAGAUGGUAGAGCGAAAUUCCUACAUGAAUUUUCUAAGACUAGGUCAACAAUUAGGCGAUUUCUUCACCUGCAGCAACUUAAAAAUCACAGACGAAAAAACAGAUUCUUGUACAGUUCAUGUUGUUGCUCACUGCAAUGAUUUAUCAAGUCUUGUGAAUCAUGUUAUUCAGUCUCGCAAAAUUUCUGGUGGCUAUUUUGUUAAGCUCGGAAUUGAUGGUGGCAAAGGUUUUCUCAAGUUUUGCCCUAACAUUGUUGAUACUGCGUUAAGGGAUGAAACCAGCUCACCGCACCAACAACAACCUCUCACUCAAAGGACUGGUAAAGACACUGGAGUCAAGAGACAGAUUAUUGUUAGGGUUUCAGAAGAAUUGCCAGAAAGACACUCCAAUAUUGAACAAAUUUGGUCACUGGUUAAUGCAAAUGGAGUUAAACUAAUUUUGGUUUGUGAUAUGAAAGUUGCAAAUAUAAUUUAUGGUCUUCAAACUCAUUCAAGUACGCACCCUUGCACCUUGUGUAACGUCAAAUCCAAUUGUCUUGCCAAAUCUGGAAACUUGCGAACACUGGGCUCAAUUAAUUCAAGCCUUGAGUCUUUUCAGCAAUCUGGCGGGGUUGUUGCUAAUGCAAAGCUGUUUGGCAAUGUCAUUCGAAAGCCAAUCAUCUGCGUGCCUUUCAAUGUUCUGAUUUUGGAAAUCAUUCUACCGAUGGAAUUAUAUCUCCUCUUAGGAGUUAUCAACCAUCUUUUCGAGAUCCUUAAAACUGCUAAGACAGAAACUGUUGUGGCCAGCCGCCCUCCACAUUCAACUAAGCCUAUAUCACGGGGGCCAGUUUAAGGGAAAUGAAUGCAGUAAGCUUCUUAAAAAUGUGGAUAUGCUGCAGCAACUUGCUUAGACAAACAUGGUUGCCAAUAUUGUGUGCUUAAUUGGAGCAUUCAAAAGCUUCAUUUUAGUUGACAAGGCUUGCUUUGGAUACAUCCUUCAGCCGGAUUUCGCUGAAAAAAUUGAAAAUUUAAAAAAGUGUUACCUAAUGACAACUGGUGGAAGCGUAACACUUAAAAUUCACGCCGUCUUCUACCACAUCAAGGAUUUCAUCAGUCACAAAGAUCCCCCUUGGGGCCCUAUAGUGAACAAAGUGUCAAAACUUCUCGUCAAGAUUUUUAUCAACAUUGGUAUAAGAAAUAAUAAUCAUCCAGAUUACAAAGAAAGAUUGUUGCGCUGCAUAAUUGAUCUAAACAGUAAGCUUCUUUAAAGAACAUUAUUUGAUUUA